CGCCAAAAAAGUUCGACACAGUAGAAACGCAGCGCGGCGCCUUCACCCUGCGUGAAUGAACCCGGAGCUGGCGAUGCCUGGAUUUGAUUUUCCAGCUAUUUUUAUUGUUUAAUCUGUGAAUGGCGCCUAAACAGGACCCUAAACCUAAAUUUCAAGAAGGUGAACGAGUGCUGUGCUUUCAUGGGCCAUUGCUAUACGAAGCUAAGUGUGUAAAAAUCAAUAUUAAGGAUAAACAAGUGAAAUACUUCAUUCAUUACAGUGGAUGGAAUAAGAACUGGGACGAAUGGGUUCCUGAAAGCCGUGUGCUCAAAUAUGUGGACAGUAACCUUGCGAAACAGAAAGAGCUUCAGAAGGCAAACCAAGACCAUUAUGUUGAGGGAAGGAUGAGGGGUGUCGCACCAAGCAAGAAGAUCGCUGCUGUGCAGCAAAAAAAUGUAGAUGUAAAAACAAAAAAGAACAAGCAAAAGACACCAGGAGCUGGAGAAGGCACCAGCACUGGAGAUUUGCCUCACCCCCCACGCAAGAAGAGGGCACGUGUUGACCCGACUGUGGAAAGUGAGGAGACAUUUAUCAACAGAGUAGAAGUGAAGGUAAAAAUUCCUGAAGAGUUAAAACCAUGGCUGGUAGAUGACUGGGACCUGAUCACAAGACAGAAGCAGCUCUUCCACUUACCUGCAAAAAAGAAUGUGGAUUCUGUCCUGGAAGACUAUGCAAAUUACAAGAAGUCAAGAGGAAACUGUGAUAACAAGGAAUAUGCUGUAAAUGAGGUGGUCGCUGGAAUCCGUGAAUACUUCAACGUCAUGUUGGGUACACAGCUGCUCUACAAGUUUGAGAGGCCACAGUAUGCAGAGAUUUUGGCAAAUCAUCCAGACACCUCUAUGUCUCAGAUCUACGGAGCGCCACACCUGUUGAGGCUUUUUGUGAGAAUUGGCGCAAUGCUGGCCUACACACCAUUGGAUGAGAAGAGUCUAGCCCUGCUCCUCAGCUAUCUGCAAGAUUUUUUAAAGUAUUUGGUGAAACAUUCAUCGACUCUCUUCAACGCAAGUGACUAUGAGGUUGCACCUCCGGAAUACCACCGCAAAGCUGUCUGAAAGCAGAUCAUGAGGAUGUUUGGUGCUACGAUCAUUUAUUUUUAAAGAUUAUUUUAUUACAGCCCAUCAUUUGUCUCUUGGAAGAUCUUAGUACCCACAGCAUCAGACAGCAAAACAGGCUCAUCAUUUGGUUCAUCGGUACUCUAAGGGUAAAAUCUGGUGUUCCAGAUAAUCUGUCGAGGUUCAGGAUUUUCUGGAAAGCUGCUGGUCAUUUUUCCCAAUUUUUUGUUAUUGUAAAUUUGAUAAACAGGAUCUGGUCAUGUUAAAAUGAUGCAUCUUUUGUGUUUUGUUUUUUUAAAUAUGUCAAUAAAUUGUCCUUCACAGAUGUGAA